AUGGGCUUCACAUUUAAAAAGCCCAAUGAUGCUGUCGGCUCUGCAACCCCAGCCAUUCUCAUCGGUCUAUUCGUCGCCUUCGGCGGUGUACUAUUUGGAUAUGAUACUGGAACUAUUGGCGGCAUCAUCGCCAUGAAACACUGGCGAGAAAUGUUUUCCACCGGCUAUAUAAAUCCAAAAGACAAUCUUCCCGAUGUUACCUCUGCUCAAUCAUCUAUGAUCGUUUCCUUACUCUCCGCCGGCACCUUCUUCGGUGCCCUCGGCGCAGCCCCAGUUGCAGACUACUUCGGUCGUCGCAUGGGUAUGAUUCUUGAAUGCUUCGUUUUCUGCUUUGGAGUAAUUUUGCAAACUAUCGCCACAUCUAUCCCACUAUUUGUAGCAGGACGCUUCUUCGCUGGCCUAGGUGUUGGCCUUUUGUCCGCAACCGUUCCUCUCUACCAAUCUGAAACAGCCCCUAAGUGGAUUCGUGGUACUAUUGUCGGUGCAUACCAACUGGCUAUUACUAUCGGUCUACUUCUGGCCUCUAUCGUCAACAAUGCAACCAAAGACCGAAAUGAUACUGGCUGCUACCGUAUCCCAGUCGCUAUGCAGUUCCUAUGGGCAAUCAUUCUCGUCGCUGGAAUGAUCCUCCUGCCCGAGACUCCCAGAUUCCUCAUUAAAAACGAUAAGCACGAAGAUGCUGCGAAAUCUCUCGCUCGCCUCCGUCGUAUCGACGUCAAUGACUCUGCUAUUGUCAAGGAACUGGCUGAGAUCCAAGCCAAUCACGAAUUUGAGCUUCGUCUCGGAAACGCCUCAUAUCUAGAGAUACUGCGUGGCUCUAUCGGCAAACGGCUCGCAACAGGCUGUGCCGUUCAAGGCUUGCAGCAACUGGCCGGAUGCAACUUUAUCUUCUACUAUGGCACAACGUUCUUUCAAAACUCCGGUAUCCAGAACUCAUUCAUCAUCACUCUCAUCACAAACAUUAUCAACGUCCUCUCCACUUUACCAGGCCUGUAUAUGGUCGAGAAAUGGGGUCGCCGUCCCCUCCUCCUCUUCGGUGCCGUCGGUAUGUGCGUGUCUCAACUGAUCGUCGCUAUCGUCGGCACAGCUGCCGAGUCCGAUGUGGCCAACAAGGUCUUGAUCGCAUUUGUCUGCAUCUAUAUCUUCUUCUUUGCUUGCUCAUGGGGUCCCGUCGCAUGGGUCGUCACAGGCGAACUAUUCCCCCUCAAGGCCCGUGCCAAGUGUCUCUCCAUAACCACCGCUACAAACUGGCUGCUGAACUGGGCUAUCGCCUACGCUACCCCGUACAUGGUGGACAGCGGACCUGGUGAUGCAAACUUGCAGUCCAAGGUGUUUUUCAUCUGGGGCGGUUUCUGCUUCAUUGCUGCUAUCUUCGUGUACGCUUGCAUCUACGAGACUAAAGGCUUGUCCUUGGAGGAGGUUGAUGAGCUAUAUGCCAAGGUUUCUGCUGCUUGGAAGUCGGCUGGCUUCGUGCCCUCUGUGCACUAUACUGAUGUUCGCGAUGUUGCACAAUCUAACUCUGGUAGUCUUUCACACUUCGAAACCGAGGCCAAUGAGAAGCGGAGUGGCAAUGAUACGAGUCACUUUGAGACUGUCAACUUCAAGAAUGAGGCUUGA